AUGGCAGCCUUCGACCAUAUCAAGGACAUGUACGAUGUUGCUCUAAAGCCUCCUAAUCAUAAUUGGAGAUCCACCAUUGAUUCCUGUGUCAACCACUUGAUGGAGCUCAUUGUCAAUGACAUUCCAGAUAAUGUUGGGCGGGAAUUUGUUUGCUGGGGGUGA